GCAACAUCUGUGCAACCUAGGCCUACCUCAAGAUGAACCUGAAAGUUCUCCUAUUCCUGUGCGCGUUGGCACUGGCUUCGGCUUCACCCCAAAGACCCUUUGGCGGUUUCGGAGGACGUCCGCCUUUCCAGGGACAGAACGGAGGUUUCGGACGACCUCCACCAGGCCUCCCGGGCCAAAACGGAGGCUUCGGACGCCCCCCAACGGGCUUCUUGGGACAAAACGGAGGCUUCGGACGCCCCCCAACAGGCUUCUUGGGACAAAAUGGCGGCCAGUUUGGAUUUGGACCGUUCGGCUGAAGUCCUCCUUGGCGAAACCCGGAUGGAACUCGAACGCGGAUUUCCGACCCACGGAUCAUUCUCUCUGUAUGCUUAAAUAAA